AUGUAUACAACUCUAAGAGCUUAUCUGACCCGUCCAAACGUUCCUCUCAGCGUACACCCCAAAGUGAAUGGCGCUCAAGUGCGGACCGAUGGCGCAGCACAAAAUUGGUCGCCGGUAGACAAGUGGGGGAUCUGGGCAGACUUCAACAUUGACACUAUCGAAACUCUGUUCGGAACUCUCCUUGACACCACCUUCAAAGUUGCGAAGCCACCCCCACCUUUGAACUCACUGCGCUGUCUUCAAUAUGAAAGUCACCUCGAUUUCAUUCUGAUACGACAGAACAGUGUUAUUGUCAACGAAGCACUACGGGUAGCCUGCAGUCAUCUAGGCCUGCGCCAAGUGGAAUGGAUAACGGGCGUGGGUAAUUCUGGUGAUGGAACGUUCCCGGACUGGAGUGGCAUCCAGGUGUCUGGUUCCAACGAUGAGGAGAGCAUCAUUCCUGGGGAUACAAAGCUCACCACAGAUGUCCUCAAACCUGCGACUGACAAGUCAAGUUCGAAGCUAGACUCCGAUGACACACCUGUAUCAGAAACAAACGAUCCCGAAACUGAGCUAGCUCGGUCGUGUUUACAGCAGGCUAACUACUAUGCCCGUAGUCACAACGCGCGAUAUUUCUAUGUUAUCACGAACAAAGAGCUAUUUCUGUGCCGUAGGACGGCGGAUUCACCUCAUGGUACUCCCCUCGCCACCCGCAGGACAAAGAGAACAACAGUCACGGAUCCCAAUACCACUCCCAACCAGCAGAUUGCUCUUUAUCAAUCAUCGUCGACUUCGAUCACUGGGCGGGACAGACCUACAGCCGGUACCUCUGUCUCAUCGGCUCGGUCAUCUAGUGUUCAAUCAACGCCGCCUUGGACCACUGGGCGGGAUAGACCUACAGCCGGUACCACUGUCUCACCGGCUCAGCCAUCUAGUGGUCAAUCAACGCCAUCUUGGAUCCCUGGGCCAGACAGACCUAGAGCCGCUACCCCUAUCUUACCGGCUCUGUCAUCAAGAGUCCAAAAGUCCUCGCCUCCUACUCCUUCACCUCACCCCACUUCCGAUCACUCUUCCGACUCUACCUACCAGCCAGACAACACCGUGGAAGACACGGAGAAUCUCGAAGCUGUUAGCAUUCGUUGGGAGGCGGAAGAGGGAUUGACCGUCAAUCUUGGACUCUUUGUUAUCCAUCUACUGGCACUUGUCUCCCACGAGAUUCGGCCAGAAUACCAUCCGAUUGAUGAGGAUCCAGAGUAUUGUGCAAAGUUCCAGGGGUUCAUGUCGUGA